CGGGCGGUCGCGCGUCUCUGGCGGACACGCUACCCGCAGCAGCAUCAGCAACAGCUCCUACCGCGCGUGAGAGGCAGUCAUGCCGAGCAGCAGCCUCCUGGGAAGCCGCCGGCCGGCCGAGGUCACUGGCACCCAUCGGGGUCAGUGCGCUUGGGCGGCUUGGACGGUGCUCCUCCUCGUGAUCAUGGUCUCUGCCGUACGGGCAGCCCCGACCACGCCGGAGCCUGCCUCUACGGACAGUGUCAACGUGACGGCAGUGGCGACUCCGGUGGCGACAACCGAAGUCAACGGCACCGGCAGCGGUGGAGGAGGCGAGACGGGCUUCUCGUGCGAGGGCCGCAUUUUCGGCUAUUACGGAGACCCGGGCAACUGCUCGCUGUUCCACUACUGCGAGCCGUUCGCCGACCCUGAGAACAACCAGUUCGUGCUGCACGCCGCCUACCUGUGCCCCAACGACACUGUGUUCAACCAGCUGAGCCUGACGUGCGCCUACGCUCACGAAGCGCUGCCGUGCCGCCGCGCACCCGAGUACUACUACAUCAACUCGCACGUUGUACCUGCAGACAGCAGCCAGGACAGCACGCAGGGCUCGACGACUGAUUCGGGCAACAGUUCGACGGCGGCACCAGACGUGACGACGACGACGGGGGCGCCUCCUGCUGCGGAACAGGCGGCCACCGCGUAGGACACCGCAGCGCACCGAGGUGGCAUUGCGGGGCCGCCGCCUCGGCUGUACAUACCCUGCGCCGG